AUGCAAAUAAAUAACAAAAACGCGAAGGUAUCCUGGGUUCGUCAUCGAGACAUCCAUCUUCUCACUGUAGGUAGAUAUACAUAUACGUCUGAUCAGAGAUUCGAAGCAGUGCAUACACCACAUACUGAAGACUGGACUCUAAGAAUAAGAUAUCCUCAGAAGAGGGACAGCGGCAUCUACGAGUGUCAAAUCAGUACUACACCACCAAUAGGACACUUCGUAUUUCUAACUGUUGUUGAGCCAAUCACUAAGAUCAUCGGCAGCCCGGAGCUAUUCAUCAACAUGGGCUCGACAAUCAACCUGACCUGCACAGUUCUCUUUUCCGCCGAGAUCCACCCCAACAUCAUCUGGUCGCGGAACGGCGAGGCGAUUGACUUUGAUUCGCCUAGGGGAGGUAUCAGUCUAGUCACCGAAAAAGGUUCCAUAACCACCAGCAGGCUGCUGAUCCAGAAUGCUGAUCGGGCCGACUCCGGACUGUACGCUUGUGCGCAGUCCAAGACGAACGCUGCCAGCGUUCGAGUGCAUAUCUUGAAUGGAGAACAUCCUGCAGCUAUGUACCAUGGACGUGGAUCACUAAGAAGGCUGUCAAAGAAGUUGGUCUCACUAGGUCUAGUUAUUCUUCUGACUUUUCGAUAUCCCACGUAGCCGGAGGAUCAAGAAUGAACAAAUUAUUGUGAUUCGAACAGUUUUUUUAUACAAUUUUGUAUCAGUCCAAAGUUUUUUAUAUGUACUUUCAUCAUCAUGAAUAAGGAGCAAUAUCAGUUUCAGUACGUAUCUAUUUAUAAUAGAGUUCAGAAGAAACAUG